AUGUCCGAAGUCCGAUCCCCUCCCCUUCCGCUCCGCUUCCCAGUUCCCCCACUCCCCAACUCCACCGCGCUCCAGUCUCCUCCGCGUCUCGCCGCUUUCCCCUCCGCCCGGGCGCCGCGCCCGACCGCCCGCGCCGCGGCCCCUCUCGAUCCCGUGGACGUCCUCGCGCCGCAGGCGGCGGGCUGCACGACAGGCGCGUCUUGUGCAUGUAACUCUUCUCAUAAUAAGCCAGUAAUCACCCCGGAUCUUUCAAAAAAGAAAAGGGGCAUCAGGACUACUUCAAAGUAUACCGCAACAUUCCAGAGGCUUGAGUCUAGGCCAAACAACCCAGCCCAAGGGGUUGCUCCACUGGGAUCCACUAAUCCAAGUGUCAAUAUAAAUGACAAUUCACUCGCUGAAACUUAUCACCUUGUUUCUAGACCACCUCCAUAUGAUACUGAUCCUAGAUAUGCCCGUGUUCAAAGAGAGGGAUUAGUCUCCAGGCGUGAGAAAUACAUAAAUCUUGCACAAGAAGAGUCACUAGCCCUUAGACGAAAUGGCAGCAGCUCUGGUAUUGAGCAUUUAGCUGCUCAGAAGAAACGCAGCAGCACUGAAAACGAGGGUGAAUAUAAGGUCCAUCGUUCUGAAUCAACUAAGAGUUUGUCUGCAAAAGCUUAUAGUAGCAGCUAUGCAGUUGGCGCUUCAGAAGAUGAGGAUGUCUGCCCUACUUGUCUAGAAGAAUACACGCCAGACAAUCCAAAAAUUAUAACCAAGUGCUGUCACCAUUUUCAUCUUGGUUGUAUUUACGAAUGGAUGGAGAGAAGUGAUACAUGCCCAAUUUGUGGAAAGGAAAUGGAGUUUUGCGAGAGCCCAUGA